GUUAGCCGUGCGCGGUCGAUGUGCAACAAAGCGGUCUCAAAGUGUGUGUGAGCCGCCCUUCUUCUGCUGCUGUGUGCGUGUGUUUAUGUGUGUAUAGGUGUGUGUGUGUGUGUGCACAUCGCAACAGCAGCCAGCUGCAGGCUGUGUGUACCAUCAGCCGCUGGGUGUCUUCACUCUGAGGGGCUUCACUGUAGACAACACAGGCUCGUGUAGGCUGGGCUCUCCGUGUUUUCCGGAAGAGAGAGGGUGUGAAACAUGGGACACAGCUCAGGUCAGCAGCUGAUCCUGCCACACGUCUGAAGCACAGGAGCCCGUGCGGAUGCCUGUGUGCUACUCGGCUGUGAGCAGAGUGAACCAAACCGGCACCGUGCGUCCAGCCGAACGGGACAGCCCUGUGGAUCCCUUUCACUGACACGCUUAAAGGGGCUCAAACACGCCCGAGCACUCAUUUGGCUCUGGUGAGACCCUGAGCAACGCAACCACAGGCUGGCCCAGUUCACGUUGAUGCUGGUGGGCACUCCCCAGUACUCUCCCCACCACCUGCUCCUGAGCCGCUCCCACCUUCCCACCUGCCAUGGCUAUGAGCAAUGACCCGGGCUGUGAGAGGCUGGACCCCGACUCUGACAAACAGACCAGCAGUCUCACAGACACCAUGGCUGCCAUGACAACUAAAGAUUUAGACAGCUCAACUGCCAACGGCGUGAAGAAUGGCGGGGCUCAGAGGGACGGGGCUCAGGCCAAGAGGACUCAUCCGCCGAGGCCUCAUCUGACUGGGAGGAAGUUGUCGCUGCAGGAGAGAGGCACCUACUUGUCAUCAGGCUCUGGAGGAGGCUACACGCACAUCUCUCCUCGUGUGGCUCGCAGGCCCACUGUGGAGUCGAAACGCGUAUCCAUAUCAGACGCUCAGGACUGUAUCCAGUUAAACCAGUAUAAGCUGAAGAGCGAGAUUGGGAAGGGCUCCUACGGUGUGGUCAAACUUGCCUACAAUGAGGACGAUGACAAACAUUAUGCCAUGAAGGUGGUGUCCAAGAAGAAGUUAAUGAAGCAGUGUGGUUUUCCACGUCGCCCACCCCCAAGAGGACCCAAGGCAGCCCAAGGAGAGCAGCCCAAAAUCUUAGGACCCCUGGAGAGGGUCUACCAAGAGAUUGCAAUCCUUAAGAAAUUGGACCAUAUCAACAUUGUGAAGCUGGUGGAGGUGCUGGAUGAUCCAGCGGAGGACAACCUUCACAUGGUGUUUGAGCUGAUGCGUAAGGGUCCAGUAAUGGAAGUGCCCACAGACAACCCUCUGUCAGAAGAGCAGGCGAGGUUAUACUUCAGAGACGUCAUCCUGGGCAUAGAGUACCUGCACUACCAGAAGAUUGUCCACCGGGACAUCAAGCCUUCUAACCUGUUACUGGGAGACGAUGGACACGUGAAGAUCGCAGACUUUGGGGUCAGCAACCAGUUUGAGGGCAAUGAUGCUUUGCUGUCCAGCACUGCUGGCACUCCUGCAUUUAUGGCACCAGAGACCCUUUCAGACACGCGAAAGAGCUUCAGUGGAAAAGCGCUGGACGUGUGGGCCAUGGGAGUUACUCUCUACUGUUUUGUCUUUGGGAAGUGCCCGUUUAUUGAUGAGUACAUUUUGGCCUUGCACAAUAAGAUAAGGACCAAGCUUGUGGAUUUCCCAGAAACACCAAAGAUCAGUGAAGAGCUGCGGACUCUGAUCUUGCGGAUGCUGGACAAGAACCCCGACACCAGGAUCACCAUCCCUGAGAUCAAGAUGGACCAGUGGGUGACCCAGGGAGGCAAUGACCCCUUGCCUCUGGAGGAGGAGCACUGCUCUGUGGUGGAGGUGACCGAGGAGGAUAUCCAGAACUCGGUCAAGUUCGUCCCUAGCCUCUCUGCAGUGAUCUUGGUAAGAGCCAUGCUGAGGAAGCGCUCCUUCAGCAACCCCUUUGAGUGUCCGAGCAGGAGAGAGGAGAGGUCCAUGUCUGCGCCUGGCAGCCUGCUCAUGGACUCGUGGCCCUUCCGGCCCUCUUUUAAACUUCACCCCUCACUCAGAAAGGGGAGCACAGGAGACGGACCCAGAGAAGUAGAGCUGGAGGACCUGCAUGAAGACGAGCCCUCCUCUUGAGUCUUAAUGACGCUCCUAUCACCAGAGCUUCAACUCUGUCCGCUUUGCAUCCUUUUUGCUUGAACCAAUGUUUGCUCAGCCCUUUAUUCUCACAUUUCCUUCAAAUCAGUGACAACUACAGGAACAUCACUCUAUACACUGAAGGUUUUAAAUCGGAUAUAUCGUUUGUGUCAACAUUCAGAUUUGUAUGCUCAGGCUUGCUUUCCUUUUUGCUUCCUGUUAGCUUCAGAUUAUCCUUUCUUCACCGAUUUUCCUUCUCCAAUGUGGAGUCUCUGGGCACAAACUGAUCUACAAUGUUGCUUGUGUUUAACUGCUCAACCACUUCCUGUUGUGACUGGCAUCAGUGAACCAAUAGGAAGAGGAACUCUUUGAAAUUUCAUGAACAGUUUAAAUUAUUAUUGUGAGAGAGAGACAAGAACAUGUUUGUCAGCUGGCAUUACACUGCAGUGUGGGAAAAAAAACUGUCAAACCCAGAUUUUCUUUUUUCUUUUUUUACCCGUCUGCAUGAUGAAUAGUUGGUCAUCAUCAGACUCUAUAGCCACCUGUUGCAGUCAUUGCCAGCCUGACAAAGAGGGGAAAAAACUUUGAUAUCAACACUUCAGCAUGUAGAUGAUACCAUAUUGUCUCUUCAGUGAACUACGGGACUUUUUAUUUAUGAUCAAUGAGUCAUUUUAACAUUGUACAUUAGAUGUUUGGAAGUGUCAUUAGUGUUAUCGUCUCACAACCUUGUCCCGGUGUAUGUGCCAUCAGUAGGUCGAAGUCCUUCCUGCGCUGCCUUCACUGCCCUCAGGCCCGGCUGGUUGAACUUCUCUGAUAGGAAGGCAAGGAAGUCAGCUGUCAAAGGGUGAUCACACAGAGAGGACAGCAAUGCUUAAACACAUUUUAAAGUUACUUUUGCUGCUGUGUGAUAUGUAAUUAUGUUUGUGGGAGUCAUUUCAGUCAUUUCAGGCUUCUUCUUCUUCUCUGUAGUGUGUUGUUUGUCUGAUGAUUUCUGUUCUCUAACGCUCUCUUUCCUUCAUAUCACACUGUACUGCCUGGUUUGAUGUGAUGUAAUUGUGACAGAAGCUUGAGCACUUUGAAGUGUAUGUUAUUUCACAGCGAGUGUGAACAGACUUAAAAUAGGAUGCAAACUACUCCCAUUGCCUAUACUUUAAAUAAUUCCCCUUUUCCAAAUUAGAAUUUAUUGGGGGGUUUAUGUUUGUGGGUAGGUUUCACCUUUUGUUUUGAUGGGACAGCUCAACAAUGAUCUGGGAUGCAGAGCUGAUUUAAAGGCAUCAAUAAAUUGAAUCUUCCCGUACGAAGUUUUCCAGGUUAAGGGACUUUACACAAUUUUUUAGGGGGGCAGGAGAGGUCAGAAAAUGGGGAGGAUGUAUGUUUCCUUUUUGCUGAGGGGAAGGUAGUCUGAUGUUUUUGGUAGAGCAGAGAAGGGUCUUUUUUUAAAACAUUGAAAAUUUCUGUAUUUAGGAUUAAUAUAUAAGGGGCAUCAAAUUGUCAGAAACAAUGGGUCUGGUGUGCAACAAUCCCGUCACGGUUUCAUGGAGUCAUUUUUCUCAUGACACUAAAUGUUAUCCCCACUGAAAGUCAUUUUCUCCUUCUUCAAAAAAAAAAAAAAAAAAGUUCAAUGUGUUAUGUAAAGUCGGCCUGUGUAAUAAUUAAAUUACAGCCUUUUGUUAUGUUUUCCAUAACGUUGGAAAUGUGCACCCUAGUGGCUGAGUCAAGGAUAGCGUCCAAAUAAAAUAUUAUUACUUGCAAGGGUUGUACAGCAAAUAUAGCAGCAAACCACAAUUUGCUAUGUAAAUAUAUGAUGGAGUCAUAGUGUCCUGAGCAGAAAAUGAGUCACGCUCCCUCUGCCUGUGUUGCUAUCACAGCCUCUCUGUGGUUUGUUUACAUAGUCGUCUGCCUCGUGUGCAGCUGAGUAGAGACUGAAACUGCUGUUUUUCUCAUCUAUGUCGGUGGAUUACGGAUUUAUUUCAACCAGGACAACAAAGAUGUUUUUUUCUGAGUUUUCAUUUGUUUCUGUCCCGAAGCUACAAUGACAUGCAAGAUAGAAUCACAGUUUUUUUUUCUGUGGAGUCUGGUAGCUAUAGUACGGCUGUUUCUGGUUAAACAAAAUGACUAUUUCUGUCGGGCUGCUUUCCAUAAUGUUGUCAGUCUCAACAUUCUGAGCCUGUCAGUGGCAAAACCAAGCACCUUUAGUGAACGUACUUUGAGGAUUAACGUUCGCUUACUUUGUGGCCAUUGUAGACCUUUUCAUGAAUAUUUUCACAUCUAACUCUGUGAAUUAUGGGUUUAUUUUGAUUUUAUAUGUAUAUUAAUUGUUUCUUUCCCAUUGUUUUGGUCUCAGAUGAUGGUACUCUAGUGCGACAUCCAGUGGCAGAUGAAUUUCAUAUAUUUAACCUUUAAAAACUGAAACCUAAAAUUUCACACCCCUCCCCACCCCAGUCAGUUUUAUACAGUCCCUAACUACAUCAGUUUGCCUGGCUGACCUUUUGAAGUUCCAACUAGCCAUGUAAGUUUGUAGAGCUGGGUAAGAUGUGAGAUCACAAAUGUUGGGAACAUGGAUGAAUGGAAAAGAUUUUAUUUUAUUUUUUUUUGUGAUUUGAGUCCUUUGUUUUCCAUUCAAUGUUGUGGGCUAGCAUAAAAAAAGCCCAAUGUGUGGGUUGCUUUGUCUCCGCCGACUCAAAUCAAUGAGAACAUUUCUGCCUCCACAGCAGCUCGGCCUCAGAUAAAUGUUUAUAUAAAUCCAGUUUGAUUCUUUCCUCCUCUUUGGCCUGGUGCGUCGCUCUGUGAAAGAAAGCAUGUUUGGCCGACAGAAUGCUCUGAUCACUUGAACCACAGUGAAAAGGAGCAUUUCAAAGUCAUAAUUAGGCCCAGGCUGCAAACAUCAACAACCCUUCCCCAUCCACUUCAGUGCCGACCCCAGUGUGGCUGAUUAGAAACGGGGAGCGCAGCGUUUUGCAUUUCCCCCGUUAAUCUUGCCCUCAGUCUCUGCCAGUGAAGGAUGCUAGCUGGAGCUCAGAGAGAAGGAUUGGUAGUAUCUGAAUGGGGAAUGCUUGGGCCUCUGUGUUUGGGGAUUUGUGUACACAGAGGCAGAGACUUUAUGCAUAAAAAUCAUGAAUGCUUUUAACAUUAAAAUGUCAACUUUAUUAUCAUGUGAGGGCUGGGGAAUGUGAAGCUCUAUAUCUUUUUUUAAAUUGUUCAGUAAAAUGUGGUAAGAUAUGUUUGUAAAAGAUAAAUUAAUAUCUUAAUGUCUAAUUGUUUGAAAUGUUGUAUAUGCAGUUUGAAAUUAAGGGUUAAUCAUGUGUUUCUUUUGUUUUUGUUCGUACUCUCUCUGUUGAGGAUGAUGGAAGUGAACAAAGGUACUGAGGUCUGUGUGCAGGGUAACCUUCAAUGAAGGGCUGUUUGAACCAAAAAGUAUAAAAUGGUGUGUUCAGUUUUAUUUGCUAAAAAACGAAUUUUUUUGGUCGUAGAUGUGUCCAGCUUUACAUUUGUGUCUUUGUACAGACAUUUGUCAGUGUCGGAGGUGCAAUAUUGUUGUCGUCUUUAUCAUUAUUUGCUCAUGUGCCUGUUAUCCUCUUAUCUGCAUUUUAGUUGUCCUUGUUGAAAAGAAUAUGCUUCUAUUUAAAUAUUUGCACUUUUCCACUGAGAUACAUAUUAAAGCUAUUGUGAUUGCA